UCUAAGUAGACACUGACCUGUGUCUCUUUGUCUCCCUGGGAAAGGUGGCCACGAAGUGAACGACAUGGCUUGGUGGAAAGCUUGGAUUGAACAGGAUGGUGUCACGGUGAAGGGAAAUCCCCACUUUAACCCAGACCCAGAUGCAGAGACCCUGUACAAAGCCAUGAAGGGGAUCGGGACCAAUGAGCAGGCCAUCAUCGAUGUGCUCACCAGGAGAAGCAACAUGCAGCGACAGCAGAUCGCCAAGUCCUUCAAGGCCCAGUUUGGCAAGGAGCUCAUCGAGACCUUGAAGUCGGAGCUGAGUGGCAAGCUUGAGAGACUCAUUGUGGCCCUCAUGUACCCGCCAUACAGAUACGAGGCCAAGGAGCUGCAUGAUGCCAUGAAGGGCUUGGGAACCAAAGAGGGCGUCAUCAUUGAGAUCCUGGCCUCUCGGACCAAGAACCAGCUACAGGAGAUAAUGAAGGCAUACAAGGAGGACUAUGGGUCCAGCCUGGAGAAAGACAUCCAAGCAGACACGAGUGGCUACCUGGAGAGGAUCCUGGUGUGCCUCCUGCAGGGCAGCAGGGAUGAUGUGAGCAGCUUUGUGGACCCAGGGCUGGCACUCCAGGAUGCACAGGAUCUGUAUGCUGCGGGGGAGAAGAUCCGCGGGACUGACGAGGUGAAAUUCAUCACCAUCAUGUGCACGCGGAGUGCCACUCACCUGAGGAGAGUGUUUGAGGAAUAUGAGAAAAUCGCCAACAAGAGCAUCGAGGACAGCAUCAAGAGUGAGACCCACGGCUCACUGGAGGAGGCCAUGCUCACCGUGGUGAAGUGCACCCGGAACCUCCACAGCUACUUUGCAGAGAGACUCUACUACGCCAUGAAGGGAGCGGGGACGCGUGACGGGACCCUGAUAAGGAACAUCGUUUCAAGGAGCGAGAUUGACCUAAAUCUUAUCAAGUAUCAGUUCAAGAUGAUGUACGGCAAGACCCUCAGCAGCAUGAUCAUGGAAGACACCAGUGGUGACUACAAGAAUGCCCUGCUGAGCCUGGUGGGCAGCGACCCCUGAAGGCGCAGAAGAACAGGAGCAAGGCCAAGAAGCCAGCACCUCCAGGCCCUGCUUGCUGGACCUUGGCCGUGGAUGGGGGUGUGGGGUUGGGGCACCACAGCCAGCCUUUCAGUCUUCUAUUGCCCAGUUUCCAGUCCUUUCCAGCAGUCUUUCUAACCCAGAGGGCGGGAUCAGCCUGGGGUUCCUCUUCCACCUUCCUCCCGGGGCCUUCCCAGGUGUGAGCAUAAGGGCAGCUUUCGCACGCCUCCGGCCUGCAGGGGCUCGGGCUCAUUUCUUCCUCCCUGGACAGGAGCUUCCCAAGUUUGACUGGUCACGGAGUCACCUGGGCACAGGUUACAUAGAUAUCCCGGCCCUAUGCCCCAUCAACUGAAUCAGGGUCUCCAGAGGAGGGACCAGGGAACAUGAAUUUGUAACAAGCAUCUCAGCUGACAGUCUUCUCUGUCGGGCAGCCAGCGAGAAGGCUGUGAGAGCCCUUACGUUUCAGAGCCCAGGUUCACAGGCAGCUGAGAGCAGAACGCAGAUGCCCGUGCCAUCUGCGGUGCCGCAGGGUCCACUCACCAGCAGGUAGCACAGGGGAACCUGGCCAAGCCCUGUGCACAACUCUGAUCCCAGCAAACAGCAGCUAGGACUGGGUCCCUGGAGGAGCUGAGAUGCCUUUG